UAACUAAGAAGUCCACAGUAGACAUUUCCCACUAUAGUGGCAAGCUGCAAAGUCGAAAUUGGCAUAAAUCGUGAAAAUGUAUGAAGACGUCAAUUCGCUUUUUGCUCUUCAUUUAAGCGUAGGUCAGGCACACGUCUAGGAGUAUGGUUAAUGUUAGCGUUAGUUUUUAAAGAAGAUAAAAUUGUAGAACUUCCGGGUUUUGCAGCUUGGCCAUAUAGUGACAACCCCUCAGACAGGCCAGCGGUGUGUUGUCCGUUUCUGUCGUCUCACUGAGUUGUGUUCACAGAUAAUGACCGGACACCGGACGGACCGCCCGUCUGCCAGUGGGAUCACGAUCUGCGUUACUUUGUUGUCCCUGCUACUUUUUACAGCCUGAGUAGCAUAGCCCCCCCCAUCCCUCCCUUACAUCCCUCUCUCCUAGACAGGGUGUGUCAGUCGGGCGUGUCCCCUCUCUCUCUCUCUCCUCCAAUUAGCAGACAGCAGCAGCCGCCAAUCAGAAGCAGCCAUGUCGGGGUUCAAUCUGCUACACCUGAUCACCAAUGCCAAGCCUGUUACUCUGAAGCCAUGUGGGCUCCCUUCAGGAACCUGCCGGACCAAGAAGACAUGGCCCAAGUCCUUCUCUCAGGAGGAGCUGAAGAAACGUCUCUCCCCCAUUCAGUUCCAUGUCACCCAGGAGAAAGGAACAGAGAGUGCCUUCAGAGGGGAAUACACUGAAUAUAAAGAGGAUGGGAUCUACACCUGUGUCGUCUGUGGCUCCCCGCUGUUCAGGUCCGAGACCAAGUUUGACUCUGGAUCAGGUUGGCCUUCCUUCUAUGACCUGGUAAAGGAGGAGUCAGUCACUGUGACAGACGAUUUCGCCUACGGGAUGCACAGAGUUGAGACCAGCUGUAGUCAGUGUGGUUCUCACCUCGGACACCUGUUUGAUGACGGCCCCAGACCCACAGGGAAACGAUACUGCAUCAACUCUGCCUCUCUGGGCUUCCAGUCCGCCUCAGCCUCUAGCCCACCCAGCAACGGAGAUGGGACAGGGGCUGGGGCUGGGACAGGAGCUGGAGCUGGGGCUGGGCCAGGAGCUGGGGCUGGGGCUGGAGCUGGGUCUGGAGCUGGGUCUGGGCCAGGUGGUGCGGUCGGGGGCAAGACUGAGCUCUGAGUAAAAGGUCUCCUUGGUCUUGGACAGAUUUCAGGAAUACAGAAAGUACAGCCACGGUCACGCACUCCUUAUCCAAACUGGUGGCCUAGUUCUCUGUUCUGUUCGUAACAUUUCGACCAGGACCAUCUGGAGAAUAUAGGUUACACAGAACCCGAAAACAGUCAGACAACUAGGUUAUACACAGAACCCGAAAACAGUCAGACAACUAGGUUAUACACAGAACCCGAAAACAGUCAGACAACUAGGUUACACAGAACCCGAAAACAGUCAGACAACUUCAGUCAGCUCAAUAAGCGGCCAUCAGCACCACUUGUUGAACAUGAUGCCUCUUCUGUGGCCAUGUAGGUUACACACAUUCAAAUACAGUCGGUCAAACACAGUCGGUCAAAUGACCCCAGUGGCCAUGUACCAAACUGGCCCACCUCUGGCUACCAGCCUUAAUAAAUAGACCUCUACUGUACUAUACAACUGUCUGAGGAGGCACAUAUUGGAUGCAGUUCCACUUUGCUCACAUUGCUUUCAUACCAUUUACAAGUUUAGAUUAUAUUUUAAAGUAUAUAUAUCAACUGUUAUAUAUUUUUCUUUCUAGUAUAUUUAAAACUUUAUGCUUUUUUGGGGAAAAAAGUGAAUGAAUUAUAUAUUAUUAUGAUUGUGUGGACUUGACUUUGAAGAACAAUGUGUGUUGUUUAAAAAAUAAAUAAAAGUGAUAUUUGAUACAGAGAGGUUGAUAGUUUGAGGAUGACGCUCCUAUGAGCUGUAAAAUAAACACAUAGAGGAUAAAUAAGCAUUCUGUCCAAUAUGGAGACACACACACACACACACACACACACACACACACACCUACACGUACACACCAA